AUGUGCUCUUCCGUAAGAAGUUCGAUUCCAGAGUUUCUUACGUCAGCGGCACCAUUGUAUCCUGUGGAUCCGAGCCACCAGACUGCUCCGACGGAAUCCAAGGAGGACUAUUCUGAUUGGCCAAUUGUCAAAGCAGUUCAAUAUGGCAUCCUUUCCCGUGUAGUUGACCUGGUCGAACCGAAACUAGCCCCAGACGGCUCCUUGCUCAGUGCCGGUUUCGAUGUGAAUCAACUGGACGAUGAGGGUGUGUCCCUACUUCACUGGGCAGCAAUCAACAACCGGAUGUCGAUUGUACGCUAUCUCCUGUCCAAAGGAGCGUUUGUGGAUAGACUGGGAGGACAUUUGGCUGCGACCCCCUUGCAUUGGGCUAUCCGUCAAUCCCAUUUGAGCAUGGUGCACCUGCUGAUGCGUCACGGGGCAGAUCCGACCAUUCAGGACAAUACUGGUCUUCCAUGCAUUCAUGUUGCAGUUCAAAUAGGCAGUGUGCCAAUUAUCGCUUACUUACUUGCCAAGGGAGUGGAUGUGGACAGUCGCGAUGGAAGUGGACUUACUCCGUUACUAGUGGCCUGUAUGCACUCUCGUUCCGCGGACGUGUUCCGUUUACUGAUUGCCUGGGGUGCUAGCCUACAUCUGACUGACUCACGAGGAAAUGCGGCCACACAUUACGCGGUCAAUUUCACCAAUGUGCCUGCAAUCCUGGCUCUGGACAAAGCCGGUGCUGAUUGGAGUCUGGUCAACGGGGAAGGCAAAACAGCCAGUGAGGUACGUCAAGUUCCGUGGCUCACUGAACGUGUGCGUACAAUGGCUGCAAUUCAAGCACGUGCUCGUUCCCCCUCGUCCGAUCGUUUAUCACGUCUGCGCUGGUCCGAUUUGCCCCACUCGCCCAAAUGGCGUUUCCGUGUCACCAUAUCCAUUCCACCAGUUCUACUGUUACUCUCGGUUCUCUUGCUCUGUUGCGAUAUGGCCUACGCGCUUCAAUACAUGCGAAUCACCUCGUCUCGAUCGAUUUGGUUGGGUUAUACGGUGAAAUUCUUCCUGUUCAAUACAUUUGCGUUCUUUUGUCGCCGUUUGUUGAACAUAUUCUCCGAUCAUCGGUCUCAGAUCAUUCUCCUGUUCAGUUUGGCCACUAGUACCACUGUGCUACUGACCAUCACCUAUUUGGUCCACGUGGCUCCCUCGGUUCCCGGGCACUGGUUUUUGCAUUUCACAUUUCUUCUCUGUGUGACCGGGUUGUGGGUCACUUUUAUCCAAUGCGUGCACAACGAUCCCGGCUAUGUGACUGCUGUGGCCAAAGACAGUCGCCAGUUGGCUAUCAUCCAACUGGUCGAUGAGGCAAUGCAUGAAUUGGAUUCCGCCUCAGCUGGGCAACCGGGAUCAGCGUCUGCGGGAACCACACCUGUCGGAUCCAAUCCAAAUGUAUUGGCUAAUCCGUUGGAACGAUUCUGUACCACUUGUCUGGUCCAGAAACCUCUCCGGUCCAAGCAUUGUUCCAGCUGUGAUCGCUGCGUGGCCCGAUUCGAUCAUCAUUGUCCCUGGGUGUACAACUGUGUGGGUGUGGACAAUCAUCGUUGUUUUCUGCUCUAUUUGAUCUUCACGUCCAGUUCAUGUGCACUGUUCGUACUGGGUGCCUGGGUACACUUUGCUGAAGUGUCGUACUGUCAACCGGUGUCAGAUCAACCGAAUUGGGCCGUUUAUCUGAGCACCUACUUGACGUGUAGCACAUGGACACUGUUCUGUGCUAUCAAUGCGAGCUUCUACAGCUUUUGGACGUGUCUUUUACUCGGCUCUCAACUGUACCAAAUGAUCUGGCUCAAUACGACCACAAAUGAACGAAUCAAUGUGGAUCGCUACGUGGAAUUCGCCGGGGGCCUAAGCUUAUCACAAUCGGGUCAGUUCACGCAUCAGCACAAUGCAAGUCCGUACAAUCGGGGCCCACGACGCAAUCUACUCGAUCUACUCGGUCUUGGUGGCUAUGCCGGUCCAAAUCCGAUCGAUUGGCGCCGGGUGUAUACACUUAAUCAGUUAAACGGAGCAGAUCUGGCUCAGGCAGAUUGUGCUCUGGAACGGGGCCUUUCGACCGGGUCUUUGUGGCAUCGAAAGAAAACACAUUCUGCCGGGGCAAGUGAAAUGCUCCAUGCCUGA